UUUAAGUGAGGGCGGAAGAUGGCGGCGGCCGGGAUGGGUCCCGGGGUCCCGGACGGGGAACCCGAGGGGCCAAAUCGCGAUCGUAGCGGUUUCGAAUGCAACAUCUGUCUGGAGCCUGCAAGAGAAGCUGUCAUUGGAUUCUGUGGCCACCUUUUCUGCUGGCCUUGUCUUCACCAGUGGCUAGAGACGCGGCCGGAGCGUCAAGAGUGCCCCGUGUGCAAAGCCGGAAUCAGCCGUGACAAAGUCAUCCCUCUCUACGGGCGCGGCAGCUCUGCCCAGCAAGAUCCCAGGUUGAAGACACCUCCCCGGCCACGUGGGCAGCGCCCCGAACCGGAGUCUCGAGGGGGCAUGAUUGCCUUUCCUGACACAGCCACCGGCUUCCACAUGGCAUUUGGCAUUGGCGCGUUCCCCUUCGGUUUUUUCGCCACAGGCUACAGUGCCCCGGGAGAAAGAGCAGAUGCAGAUGCCGCCCGGCCAUCGAGUUGGCAAGAUUCGCUAUUUCUCUUCAUUGCCAUCUUCUUUUUCUUUUGGCUGCUCAGUGUCUGACUGGAUGGACCCCCCUGGACUUGCCGUAUACUAAAGACUAUUGGAACUGGAUAGAAGGACUGUGAUGUAUUAGGGGGCAGGGCAGUUGUGGGGUGUAGGCUGGCUGCUCAGGCUGGGAGAACGAAGGGGGAAGGGUGUUUAAAACUGUGGUCGCGGGGUAGAACUCGGGGCACGGUAAGUCUCCAUCGACCUUUUCCCUUAAUCCCCCAGCACAGAAUUAAACCAUAAUAAUCGGGCUACAUCUUGGGUGAUCAUGCAAAAAGGGGGUGUAUGCGUGUGUCCCUCCAUGUAAUUAUGUGUGUGUUGGGUGGGAGAAGGGUGUGUGUCCAAAUAUCCUAUGGCUGAGUUGGUUUCAUCUCCCCCCUUGAGAGAAAAUUUCCAGAGCUUGGAGCGGGGGGUGGGUGGGUGUUGAAUCCAAAAUCUGCUACCCUUAAGCAGAAGGCCGUAGCCAGCCUGAGAGGGACAUCUGGGCCACUGGGGGGCUCUCCGUUGACCCACCGAAUGAGGUUCCACUCGCCUGCCGCCUUUCUUCACACACAUCUGUCAAGCGGAAGGGUGCGGCCCAGGUUUCCUGUCGCUUCCAGGUUAUUCAGGAGUGAUUCAGCAUUGUCCUUGACUACCUACAGGACGAGUAUCCGCCUUCCAGGCUUCCAUACAAAACUGGAGAAACACAGGCUGUGGCCCCAUCCCUGGGGUUAUCAUUGCAUAAAACACCAUGUAUGAAGGGAAAGGAAUUCUGGAGAGGAGAGGGCCUCCUUUCCCCUCCCAGAGAAGUGGCCAGAGGGGGGAAAGGAGCCCGCCUCACCAGCCGUAACGAGUAUUGUGAGAGUGGGGAGCAAAGGUAGGGACGGCAUGCAGAGGGCUUUGCCAAAGUGUGAGGUGUCCUAAGAUGGGUGUGAGUAAGCAUUGGAGGACCACGACCUAUGACCUCCGCUUCAGUGCACUAUUUGGCCCUGCAGCCAUCCUUGUUGCCGACCCCUGGGAGAGGGAUGGGAUUCCGAUACUUUAAUAUGAGGCUCUAAGUGGCCACAAAGGAGUCUCCUCAAGGUCCCCCAGCUUGCUUUCGCAGGGUGGUGGUUAUUUUCAGGGAGGGUGUCCCUCCUUUGUUACUGCUUUGCCUGGGAAAUAGGAAGUCAUUAAUCAAGGUAGCGACGGGAAAUGCAAGGCAACUGGCUGUAUUUUUUCUUCUUCUUCCACUAUUCCCAAUCCGCUGAGGCUGCUGGAAGAGGGUCAGGGCUGGGAAAGGGGUGUUACUAUUUAGAUUGCAGCUGUUUGCGGGAUAUCCUUGAAGAACAGUAUUCUGUGGCCCAGACGUCUCUGUGAAAAUGUCGUGUGUGUGUGUGUGUGUGUCCUCGAAUCCCAUUUUGGGUGACCAGAAGAGCGAUCUGUAAAUUAACCAAUGCUGUAAUUAAAUUAACCCACGAUCCGUA